AUGUAUAUAAACGAAAAAGCAUCGCGCUUAUUGAAAUCUUCAGUCGGAAAUAUAAUUGGUUCUUCAUUUUUAAAUUUUAUUCCUCACCCUUUUGAUACUUGCCACUUAGCAGCAGUAAAGGAUUUUGUGUUUGAUAGUGACACAAUUGAGCUCCCAUCACAUAGCCAUUUAUUUUUCCAAGAUAUCCAUGGAUACUUAAUAGAGUGCAAUUUUUUAAUAAAAUUGACUGCAUUUCACAACUUUGCGUACUUUUUAGUUACUUUCGAACAACGAAAAGAAGCACGCGAAAUUGCAAUAAUCUCAGAUGAUGCAUUUAUUAUGGGGCAUUCUGAGCUCUUUCCUUUUUAUAUUAACUCUGAGUCAAAGAACUUAAAAGGCCAAAACUUAUCAAAUUUACUUCCGAAUUUAGAUAUAAAAAGCAUGAAAAAUUAUGAGUUAUGACUAGCGCCUUUUAAUGGUGGAGAAAUUGCUUUUAUUAAUGUGAAAAAACAAAUAAAAUCUAUGACAAUAAAUGGAUUAAUGAUUAUCCAUGAAGAGGAGGAAAUACAAAAAUGAAAAGAAGGAACCGCUCAAGAUCAACAAAUGGACCAAGAAUUUACCUUUGAUUAUGAAAAAUCUCAAUUGGAAGUAAACCGAAUAAAAGGUACUCAGGAUCAAUUUCUAUCUAAUAGUAAUAAUAUUUCACUUUUAGCAAAGCCAUCAGAUGAAACUGGAGUUAAUUCUCAUGAAGAGUUCCAUAUAAAAGAAAAAGCUCUCCGACUAAGUGAAGACAAAAAAUUAUUUAUUGAGGAUUAUUCAAAAUCUUCUACUACCUCAAAAAAUUCAAGCCAAGCUAAAACUUUACUUUUAGAUACAAAAAGAAAAAUUAGAGUCCUUCAAGUUGCAUUGUUCCUCGUUGUAAGUUUAAUUUAG